ACAAUAAGUUAAUUGAGCUAAAUUUCUCUCAGUCGCAGUCUGCGAGUGAGAAACUUGGGAAGAUGUCAGCGAUCGUUAUACGCGCCAUGAAUAUGGAGGACUACGAGGAGGGUGAGGCCUUUCUCGCAAAGCACUUCUUCAAGCACGAGCCGCUGAUGCUGAUUCCCCAGAAGGACACGACGCAGGCCGCAGUGAUUCCGGAGGAGGAGCAGCUGCACCGCUCGCUCAUCCCGCAGAACCUCUCCUUGGUGGCCGUCGACGUCGACGAGAAGCGCAUUGUGGGUGUGGUACUGGUUGGUGAGCUUACUCCCGAGGAUCUGGAGAGGGAGUUCCGGGAGACCGAGCAGAAGAAAGUCACGUGUCUGCUGGACAAGAUUCACAAGUUCCUGGCCGGAGUGGAGAGACAGGCCAAUGUCUUCGAGCACUUCGGAGUGCAGCGAGCCCUCUACCUCUACAUUCUCGCCGUGGACACCUCCGUUCGUCGCCAGAGAAUAGGAACCCGCCUUGUGGCCGCCACCAUCGAGCUGGGUCGCCAGCGGGGCUUCCCCGUACUGACCUCCACCUGCACCAGCCUCCACUCCACGCGUCUCAUGACCGGACUUCAAAUGGAGGUUGUCCUCUCGAAGGAUUACGCGGACUAUAAGGACGAAAAUGGCGAGGUCAUUCUUCCAGCAGCCGAUCCCCAUACCUCGGCCAAUGUCGUGGGCAUCCGACUAUAGUGCCAUUAAAGGAACACCCAAAACAAAAUUUGGAUGCAAUAUUAUUCGUAAUAUUUAAGUGUAGUGUACAUCAAAGCAAACACAAAACGUGUUACUUGAGGGUUGCCGCAUGUAGGGCUGUAGCCCUAUAAAAAGCUAGAGUUUUUCUGCCGAAUAUGUUUGAGAAUGAGUCAACGGAUUUUAAUGCAAUAUCCUAUGUGAAGAACUUUACAAAUUUUAGGACAAUAAAAAUGAUAUACAAUUUUA